AUGGCUAUGCCCGCUUGGCUGUUUGCUGCCCCCAGUGGCCCCCGGGAGCGCCCUUGCCCCCUGAGCUGCAGAUGCGAUGGGAAAAUAAUCUACUGCGAGUCCAAUGCUUUUCGAGACGUGCCCAGGAAUGUCUCUGUCACCACACAAGGGCUGUCCCUCCGCUACAACAGCCUCAUGAGCCUGCGGUCGCACCAGUUUGCAGGACUGAGCCAACUCGUGUGGCUCUAUCUUGACCACAACUACAUCGCCACUGUGGAUGGACAGGCUUUCCAUGGCAUACGAAGACUCAAAGAACUCAUCUUGAGCUCCAAUAAAAUCACGCUUCUGCAAAAUAACACGUUUCAUGAUGUCUCCAAUUUGCGCAACCUUGACCUUUCGUAUAAUAAGCUCCAAGUUCUCCAGCCCAGUCAAAUGCUCACCCAGGGCCCACCGUGGAUGUGGACUUCCUUGCAAAAGCUGGACGUGUCCGGAAAUGAACUGGAAGACCUGGACCCGAGCACUUUCCAAUGCCUGCCCAAUCUGCAAACUCUUAACUUGGAUUCAAACAAACUGAUCAACAUUUCACAACAGACUGUAGACACAUGGAUCUCCCUCACUACGAUAAGUCUGGCUGGGAAUCUCUGGCAUUGCAACCCCAACAUUUGCCCUCUUGCGGCUUGGUUGAAGGCCUUCAAGGGUAACAAGGAAACCGCAAUGAUUUGUGCCAGCCCAAAGGAAUCCCAAGGCGAGAAAGUCAGCGAUAUUGUGGAGACAUAUAAUAUUUGCAGGCCCACUCCAAGCCCUAUCCCCACCACAACCACCACAGUCAAAUCCACAUUUAAACCCCAGCUGAAACCUCUCCCAACUCAACCGAUCGUGAAUAAUACGCCCAUUGCCAACAGGACAGCCCCGUCCACUAUCCCCACCACUUCUACCCCCAUCCGCUCCAAGGCCUCCCCAACUGUCCCAUUACCAGAUAGUGAGUUUGUGUCCUUCCACAAGAUCAUAGCUGGCAGCGUGGCCCUGCUCCUAUCCGUGGCUAUCAUUCUCCUUGUUAUCUAUGUCUCUUGGAAGCGGUAUCCCAGUAGUAUCAAACAACUCCAGCAGCGUUCGGCAGCAGUGAACAAGCGGCAGAAAAAGACAAGGGAGACGGAGCGUUCCCUAAACUCACCGCUGCAAGAGUACUAUGUGGACUACAAGCCGUCCCACUCAGAGACUAUGGACGUGUUGGUUAACGGGACAGGACCGUACACGUACACCAUCUCAGGCUCCAGGGAAUGUGAGGUAUGA